AUGAUAGAAAAAUUACAUAGAAUUCAUGAUAUUACUGAUAUUUUAGUUACAUUGAAUCCAUCGUUUAUAAAUAUUUAUCUUACCAAUACUGAUUGGCAAGAGCUUGAUAUGCUUGUUAUAUUACUCGAACUGAUUUAUCUUGUAACAAAUUUUCUUUUUUCAUCAAGCUAUCCAACACUUGAAAAUCUUCAUGAAAAAAAAUUAGAUAAAUAUUGGGACAAGCUUAAAACUACCUUUAAUGAAGCUGUAAUUCUCGAUCCAAAUAACAAGCUAAUGUUAUUUGAUAAUGAAAAAAAAGAAACUUCUUAUGAUUAUUUUCACAAAAAAUAUGGUGUAUUUAUAAAUCAUGAUGAUAUUCUUAAAGAAUAUCUUGAUUUACCUGAAGAAAUUAAUAUUCUUGAUUACUGGAAAACUAAAUCUAAAAAUUCUCAAUAG